AUGCAACUGUCUACCAUUAUUUUUGCUCUCUUUGCAGGCGUUGCCUUCGCCAGCCCUGCUAGUCUCGAGAUUCGCCAGACAACCAAUACAGCUUGCGAUCUUUGCCGCAAAGAUUGCUUCUUUGGGAAAGGAAGCAAUGCCGUCUUUGAGAAGUGUUUGAACACAUGCAAUAAGGACUUGGGUUGCACGCUUACACCUUAA